AAGAGUGAGAGCACGAUAAACAAGUGACCCCAAAGAAAAAAGUAUAAACAGAAGAAAUCAUAACUUCGCAGGGAAAUGAAUUUAGCAUCACGACAAAUAUUUGUUUACUGGAAUGAUGGCGACUGAAGUGUGUGUGAAGGAAGAGCCAGUGAUGCCAGAGCUUUGUGACAUUGUGUUGCCAGUCAUUAAGGAGGAGAUAAAGAUUUCGACAGAGAGUGUGUGCGUGAAGGAAGAACCAGUGGAGCUGGAGCCUUUUGAACAAGUGUUUCAGAAAAUAAAUGAGGGUGAAGAUGAUGCUGCCAAGGAGUGGAUGGCUGCCUACACCUACACCGGCACGGAGCUUGUCCCAGCGGAGGAAGAGGCUUGGUGUCAUGCAGUGAUGAAGGAAGAGGUAGCCUGCACAGACGUCCUGGCCUGCUCGCAGGGAGCAGCAGCCACUUGCACAGGAUUUGCCAAAAGCAAUGAAUUGCUCUACGCGAAAGAAGAGAGUCAUAAAGAUGGAAUGGAGGCUGAACAAGCAGUUUGCAAGGAUGAUCUUCAAGUAACUUCUCAUCAAGGCUACUCAUUGCGCUCCUGUCAUUUGGACACAAUAGAACUAAAGAAACACCAAGGAACAAAAAAAGUUGUAAAAAAGAAGAAACUUCCUUCUGUGCUCGUCACCAGGGCUAAUGGUUCCGACACCAGAAAAAAAUCCAUCUCAUGUUCAUUAUGUAAUACUAUAUUCAUAAAAAAAGUUCAUUUGAAUGCACAUAUGAUAAAACACACUGAUUAUAAGCCAUUCUCAUGUUCACUGUGUUCUGGUAAAUUUAGAGAAAAAAGAUAUCUUAAGAGACACUUGAAAAUACACACAGAUAAUAAGUUAUUCUCAUGUUCACUGUGUUCUGGCAAAUUUAGAGAAAAGAUUUAUCUUAAGAGACACUUGUUAAUACACUCAGAUAAUAAGCCAUUCUCAUGUUCACUGUGUUCUUUUAAAUAUAAACGUAAGACACUUCUUAACAGACACUUGAGAGCACAUACUGAUGAAAAGCCAUUCUCAUGUUCACUGUGUUCUUUAAAAUACAGAGACAAGAGUUCACUUACAAGACACAUGAGAAUACAUACUGAUAAUAAGCCAUUCUUAUGUUUACUGUGAUUUUCCAAAUUUAAAUCGAAAAAAUAUCUUAAGAAACACAUGAAAACACAUACUGAUGAUAGGCCAUGUUCAUGUUCACUGUGUUCUGUUAAAUUCAAAUUGAAAAAUACUCUUAAGGUACACAUGAGAAUACAUACUGAUGAUAAGCUAUUUUCAUGUUCACUGUGUUCUUUUAAAUUUAGAAUAAAGGGUCAUCUUAAAAAACACAUUAGAACACAUACCUAUUGAUAGGCUAUUCACAUGUUCACUUUUUUUUAAUUUUGGUGAAAAGUAUGAUCUUAAUAAACACAUGAAAACAUAGAAGAUAAUAAGCCAUUAUGGUGUUCACCGUGUUCUGUAAAAUUCAUAAGUUAUCAAAAAGAGACAUUUUAAGAGACACUUAAUGAAACAAACAUAAUAUGCCAUUCUCAUGUGCACUGUGUUCUGUACAAUUCAAUUUGAAAAUAACUCUUAAGGUAUACAUAUCACAAGGUACACAAAUCACUAUCAUGCCCGGCUAAGAUGACGGUUUAUUCUUGCACAAACAUAAACGCUUGAAGAAUAUGUCGAUGACUGUUGCCUGAAAUUGGGUGUAAAAUUUGGUUGGUAGUUUUUAAAUUAUUUGAAUUUUUUGAAAGAGGACCUCCAACCAUGACUGAUGAAACAACACACAAAACAAAUAUUACAAAAAUUUACUUUAACGUGGGACUUUCCCGAAAUGCUGCUUUCCUACUGGCAUCACAUCUUAUUCUUACCAUUACUCUUCUCUGAUUUCCAUCUCAGGGUGCUUCUCCUGGUUCUUUUACGAAUCUCUGUCUCUUUCUAACCUAAGAGACAGUUCUGGGAUGUUUCAGUCAGAUUGCCUUCUCAUGAUCCUGGCAACUUCUCUGUCUCUCUCUCACACAUGAUGUGCUACAUUAUCAUCCAUCAUUAUGGCAUACAUACAUCUUUGUCCUAUGUCAUAAAAACUUCAUCAGUUCACAAUAAAAACACAUAUGUAAAACUAUAAUUAUAGAAAAAUAUUUUAAAUGCAGUAAAAUAUAUAAAAUAUAAAUAAGAUCCUAGCCAGCCUAGUGAAAGCCAAUGAAAUUAUAGUAAAGAGGCUGCUAUCAUUAAAGUAAUUAAAUAUCAAAUUUCAUUACAAGAAUAUUACUAAUACACCUCGGACUCACAUACCGCGAACAAUUGGUUCCGAGAAAUACUCGCGCUAAGUGAAUUCGCGUUACGCGAGUUCGGCUAUCCCCGUUAAUAACAAUGUUAUUUUACAUGGUACGGUUUAGUGAACGCACAAAAAAAUACUUUUAAGUACGAGGGGGAGGUAAUAAAACUGUCACAUGUAGUGGUAGAGAGCAUCAGUCGUAUUAACUUUGAGGAAAAGACAUCUAAGAACAAUAAUGAAACAUGGCACAACUGUUUGGGCGCACACACACCAAGUUACCUUUGAGUUUUUCCCUAAAUUCUUAUGUGUGUCUGUUUGAAAAAAAAACUAAAUCAAAAAAAAUGAACUCGUAAACACACAUGACAUAAGUUGCAGAUUGCUUUACAUAAAUGGAAAGAUUACGUAGAUUGUCCGGAGAAAAAGCGGAUGUGAAUGUAGUCGCUUCUUCCUCCACGAGUGAAAAUGUAAACAAGCUGUCUUUAUGUUUGAGUACAUUCUUAUGCUUAUGCCAUGCAAGGGGUUUCCCCCCCCCCCUUUUCUUUUUGACCCAGCGCUCUUAGCCGAAGCCCUUCCGCCCUGGGGCCCCCAUGGGCAUGGAUGCGGAUACGCCGCAUACGCAACCGGGAAGGGCGUUAGAGCUUUGGCUAUACACAGGGGCUGAGGCUACCCAUCCCAGCAUAUGUACCACCUUCGGCCCCCUACCCCACUCAGCUGACCAAAAAAUUGGAUGCUCCCUUAGCCCUCCGGAGUUAUCACUUCUGGCGCCUACUCCAGUCUCCCGCCUCACACUGGGACUCCUCAAUCACCCAGCGAACCUGCGGUCCGGUGGAGGCCUACCCAACCUCUCCCAGCUAUCCAGGCUGGUGAACUGGAGCUGUCCUCGUCGCUUACUACGUCAGCACGUCAUAGGGCUAGGGAGCCCUGAUGCUUGCCCCUAAAGCACUCGGGGCACCACUACCAAGUAUGAGUCCUACCCAGCAAGAAUCCUGAGCCUUAGAAGAAACCCCAGCGGGACAUCAUUCAAACAUGAUGGAUUCUUCCCGUACUGCUACCAACUUUUGGUCGACUCGGCAGACUGUUCGCCGGUAGCUAGACCAGACCGCCACUUUUCAGAGUAAAGCCACAGAGUGUCCUCGUUGCCUCGGAGUUAAGGAGGUGCUAUGACCAGAGGUUGAGGCUACCCAUCUCAACAAUAGUCACCACGGUCCUCCUCCAACAGCGGUGCCAACGUGGAGGCAGAGGGUUGCCACUUGGUGUGGAGAGGCUAUAUAAUCGCAUCGCAACACUCUUUCCGGUGACCUGUUGGGUCAUGUCUCGGAUACUAGAACUGGCAACAGUUCCGACACCUCAAAAGAGCAAUCGCCUUCCUAAUCGGAUAGUGGUAGCUGCAGAAACCAGGCAGAGGGAACCUCGGGGUUACCUUAGUCACCUCACCGACUGCUAGACAAAGGGGGCUCCUUCUUGAGCAGUUUACAGCCCUUUUUUAGGCCGGGGUGCCUGACCUGCAACGCCACUCCCAGAUAGGUCAGGUCCACUCCCGCCUGUGUUUGAGUACAGCAGGGGGUGAAUCAACUUCCUGUCCUGAAGUGGGAGGGGUAGCUGGUGUGUCACAACCUUCAUCUUCUCUUUCCCAAGCCGGCGCCGUCGCCUCCUUCACAAGGUCUGCUCUUUUGGAAGUCGAUGCAGGCGCAAAAAAACUUUCUAGCCGUGUUUGUGUUUUACUUUUUUUUUUGUGUUCGUACAAGUCUUUGUACACCUGACAUACCUUAUUGAUUUCUUUUUUGAAGUUGUCACUUCUUUCUUCGUUAGGAUCAUUCUCCUCUACAAUCAUACAAGCUUCAUUUAUUUUACAAAAAAAUGUAGCCAGAUCUGUUGAUGUGAGGACUCGUUUAGCUCUAGGUGACAUGUCUUCUGUUGCUUCCUGCUCUGGACGUCUCACCUCAUCCUGUUCAAUAAGUUCUUGUGCGGUCAGUUCUAUGUCAUGGGAGUUAAUGUGUUCAUUCACAUCUGUUGUGUGAAUUUCUUCAAAUCCAAUUUUUUUUUGCCCAUAUCCACUACAUCCUCUGCUAUUUCCUCUAGCCGACUCUCAACUGGCUCAAAGCCAGGGAAUUCCUCUCUAAAGAAUGAACACAGAUUCUUCCAAACACCACUUAGACAAGAUUGUUUCAUCUCAUCCCAGCUUGCAGAGAUGCUAUCAGUGGCAUUUUUUAUGGAAUACGACUUCCAAAAUUCUUUCAUUGAUGGUUUCCAUUCCCCAUCCGUCGCUUUGAUUGCCUGCAGAAAAGUUUGUCGUAAAUAAUAUGCUUUGAAUGUUGCAAUCGCCCCUUGAUCCAUAGGCUGCAUCAAAGAGGUUGUGUUUUUAGGCAAAAAUACCACCUUAAAAUUUUCGUUCAGGUCUGUCAGGUGAGUUGGGUGGCCAGGAGCAUUGUCUAGAAUCAGCAAUGCUUUGUUAUCAAGGUUGUUGUCUUUGUUGUACUUUGUAACAUCUGGUACAAAAUGUUUUGUAAACCAAUCUGUGAAGAUAGCCUGUGUAAUGAUUUGCCUUCCAGAUUACUGGUAAAUGUGGUUUUGAGCAGCCUUUGAGUGCUCUAGGAUUUUCGGAGUGGUACACUAAUAAGGGUUUUAAUUUAUUAUUUCCCGUUGCAUUAGUGCCAAGCAGAAGUGUAAGCCUAUCCUUGGAAGCCUUAAAUCCGGGGACAGUCUUCUCCUCUCUUGAAAUGUCAGUCCUUUCAGGCAUUUUCUUCCAAUAUAGACCUGUCUCGUCUGCAUUAUACACUUGUUGAGGACUGAAGCCUCCCUCGGCGAUGAUGUCUUCUAGAAUGCUAGGAUAUGAUGCAGCUGCAACUGAAUCAGCACUAGCUGCUUCUCCUUUCUUUUUAAUACAGUGCAUAUUGUACCUGUCUAUGAACCUUGAAAACCAUUUUUUACUUGCUGUAAACACUUCACUACUAUCAGGGUACUUAGGUUUUAAAGCAGUAAAAAUGUCUAAUGCUUUUUCUUUUAUCUAGCCUGAAUUAACACCUCACUUAUCUGUACCGUGAUUUUUUUCAAGCACCCAUUCACUGAGCAGUCUUUCAGUGUGAAUCAUGAUGGGUGUUCGGUUCCGCACACUCACCUCCGUGGAUGUUAAUGCAUCAGAUGACAACAGUUUCUCCAGUUCACGUUAAUUUUUGAUAAUGGUCCGUACCAUAGAUUCACUUAGACCUAAUGCGCGACCAAUUGCACUGUUGCCUUCGUGGUUUUUAGAACGCCGUACAACUUCCAACUUUGUUUCUAAAGAAAUAGUUUUUCUUUUUGCUACCACUUUAUCAGACUGUACUUCUUUUGCACGUUUCAUAAUUAUUACAUAUGUGCUGUGAACUUUACCACGCACAACAACAAAAUGACUAGCUGAUUAUAAAGUGUACAACAAAACAAAGCUUGACGAUAACUAGUAUAUCUAAGUCGCCUGGGAAGCGCUUUGAGUCAUGAAAAUGACACACACACACACACACACACACACACGCGCGUGGCGGGCGGGUAAGAUAACAUGAUAGCUGAGACUGCUUUUUCCUGCGAUAGUUGACGCACCGAGCUCGGCUAGACACUGCCUGAGUGGCAUUCACACGAUGUAUCCGAUGAUGCUGUGACACCCCGCGGCAGUAAAUUUAUACCAAAAAAUUAAUUCUCACCUCGCGUUAUGCGGGUUAUUAUUUCGCACUAUCUGAAACCAUUCCACAAAAGUUGUUCUCGUGUUAUGCACAUUCGCGUUAAUUUAACUCGUGCUAUGCGAGUCGGAGGUGUACUGAAAUACAAGUAUAAAAAACUGGGUCACUAUGACCUUGAACUUACAUAACUAGCUGUUCCUUUCUGAAUGACCAAAAAUAAUAUUAUGCCAAAAAAAUUCUAAUAAAACCCCACUAUUCAAUGAAACAAACACAAUAUUUGAUUGAAAAGUUUAAAAAACCAAAGUUUUACCUUGUAAAAAUUGUCAAGAAACAUUACAUCAAAACAUUUUAAAAUUUCAAAUCUUUCAUAAUUAUCCAUUUUGACUGAACCAAUAUCAUUCACAAGAUUAGUAAAAUAGCAAUUCAAGAAUAAUGCUCAAACAUCAAGAAGUCAUGGAGUAGUGAAAAGAAGUCAAAAUUAUAAUAAUAUUAUCCUUUUGUCAAAAUUUGUUACCUUACUCAUGGAAAAAUUAUAAAAUGUUUACUUCCUCUUAUUCCUAUCACUGUUGAAAUCAUCUUGUUAUUAUUCUAUUAUUGCAUGAAAAUCUAAUUUUAUUUACGACCAAUUUUAGUAAAAUACAAUAGUAAAAACUCUGGUGUAAAGCAACGUUCAGAAGUAAAAUGUUUAUCCAUCUUAAAUUCCUGUCAAACAAAUUUACAGAUGCAGUGUUAACAAUGUGUGAUUUUUGAUUCAUGCCUAUACCAAAAAACGCAUAUAUCAAAAAGUCCAUAACAGUUGGGACUUCUAUAGUCAAAAUCGAAUCAACGACUAAAAACACUUGAAACAUCAGACCAUCUUGUUCAACACGACGACGAAGAAACACUUGGCACUCUUGCUCACAGAACGACGAACAUGAUUCGUCCCACUCUUGGCCCUCAAGACGAUGACAACCUUGGCACACCUUCGCCAGAUAAGGACGUACUAGCUACACAUCAUCUUACCACACUUGUACAAAAAAUAUAUAUGCAUCUUGGCUAGUACAAGAAUACCUUAUUACAAUUAUUCUCCGUACACUCUUACCUGAGGUUUGGAAUAAACAAAGCCUCUUGUAAACAAACAUUUUAAUUGGCUGCCGGCCGCCUCGCACAUUAUUCGUGCGCAAGGAAUAGUCUCUUGGUUACGUACCAUUUGUAAGUAUUUUUACACUGUCUUUUUUAUAACAAUUGUUUUUAUAUAGCAUUAUAGUAUUUCACCAUUAAUAUCCAAUACAGUUUAAUGUGUCAGCAAGUAUUUACUUACAAUUAUGUUAGCAGACGCUGUGUGUACAGUGUACAGUUGAUGCCCGGCGCAACAGUUGUAUUUCGGAUUCACACGCGCACGGUUUGUUAUGGCUGACGCCGGACCGAGUUUUGUAAAGCACAGAACGGGAAAGCCUUUGAAAAGUGCACAGAAAACUAUUGUGUUGAAUGUUUUUAAAACCUUUUCAGACAAAUAUCCGGAUUGUCGUGUGAACGAUAUCGCGAGUUUAACUGCGGAAUUUACGGGUGUUUCAAAGAGCAGUGUGCUUCGUGCAAGGAAAGAAUUACAGGACACUGGGACAGUAACAACUCCCGGGAAGAAAAGGAAACGUGAGUAUCCUGUUAUCAAAACUUGUGAUGAUUUUGUGAAAAUGGCUAUUAGGCGUAAAGUGCAUAGUUUUUUCUUCGCAAAUGAACCACCUACGCUGAUAAAAGUGCUACGGUGUGUUAACGACGACCCUGAACUUCCUCAUUUCAGACGAACAACAUUUUAUAAACUGUUAAAACUUAUCGGUUUUCAGUACGUAAAGAGAAGCAAAACAAAUGUCAUAAUUGAUAGGGACGACAUUUCACUAUGGCGAAGGAAUUAUUUAAGCAAAAUCCGUGGUUACCGACCAUAAGGACGCAAAGUAUACUAUUUAGAUGAAACGUGGGUGAAUGAAAGGCAUGCUACAAACAAGUCUUGGAAAGAUUCUACAGUUAAGAAGAAGAGGGAAGCUUUUCUCUCAGGACUGUCUACAGGACUAAAAAAUCCAACAGGUAAGGGGCAUUGCCUUAUAUUGCUUCAUAUUGGUAGCGACAGUGGUUUUGUGGAAAACGGUGAGUUAAUUUUUCAGUCAAAGAAAUCCGGCGAUUAUCAUGAAGAGAUGAAUGGUGACUUUUCCGGGAUUGGUUUGAAAAAACAUUGCCAUAAUUAGAACAGAACAGUGUUGUUGUUAAGGACAAUGUGUCCUAUCACAGUGUAAAGUAUGAUCGUGUGCCAAAUCAUUCGUGGAGAAAACAAAAUAUUAUCGAGUGGUUACAGUCAAAAAAUAUAUCCUUCAGUGCAACGUCUGUGAAAGUGGAGUUGCUGAAUUUAUUUCAUACAGUACGUUCAUCUUUUACUGCAUAUGUGAUUGACAACAUCGCCGAGAAAGCGUGGCACAAUGUACUUAGGCUACCACCGUAUCAUUGCAACUUGAAUCCAAUCAAACUCGUGUGGAGUCAGAUUAAAGGUUACGUGGCACUUAAUAACAGAACAUUCAAGCUAAGCGAGGUACGUGAUUUGGUAGCCACAGCUUUGUCUCAGAUUACUCCAGAGAACUGGAACGACUGUAUUCGGCACGUAAUGAAAGAAGAGGAAAGAAUGUGGGAAUUGGAUGGUAUCAGUGAUAUUGUCGUUGACAGUGUUAAAGUUCCUCUCGGUGACAGUGACGACAGUAGUGACGAAGAUAGUGGUGGUAGGUCUGAUUCAAGUCUGGAAGGGAUAGCACCACUGCCAGAUAGUGAUUAGGUGAGUACCAAAUCGUAACACUAUCAUAUUGUUGUCUUACGUUACGGUGCUAUUUUAUCGAUUAUUCAAAAAAUAAACAUUGUUUGCUUUUGUGUCCUGAACGGUAACGGCAGCAUUUUCCUGUUAUAUUACUUCUCUGUUAUUUUAUUAGCAUCAACUGUACUGAAGUGUGUGUGUUGCAACUAGUGCUUGGCGCGCAAGAUGAAUUCAGCCUAUCACUUGCUGACGCGGCGCAGUGAUACGACGGUGUUUGUUUAUUUCAAAACUCAGUUAAGAGUGAACGGAGAAUAGAUUGGCUCGGCUAAAAGACAACCUGAAUUGCGACGUUGUAAAAUACUUCAAAAAAUAAUAAAUAAUGAGAAUGUUUGCCAAAAGUGUUUGUAGAUGUUUUUAAUUUCAAUGUUAAGUAUGAAUUUAGUUAGGCAGUUUUUACUGAUGAAAAUUAUUUAAGAGAACUUUUAAUUAGAUAUAUUUUUUUUACUUUCACGAAAACAAAACUCUGUCCGCCAUUAUAUGUUGUUCACAACAGGUCCGCACAGUUCUCAUAACAACCCAAACAAAAUUUCCCUGCUCGAAAAAAUUAAUUUUUAUUAAUUUUGAUGAUGCCAAAACAUUUUGAAUACUCACACACACCUGCUUAUCCAUCAUUGUUUGAGUAGCUUGUGAUGUUUGCAUUCAUCAUCUCAUUAGUAUUUCUGUUGGGCUGGUUCCUAUUGUUAUACUUGGGUUCACAUUUUGGGUCAGAAUUGGUCUAGCUUUUAUCUGAGCUUUAUCACUUUCAUCUAUUAGCUUUAUGCCUGCUUGCCAGUUUGAAGAAGGAUUGUAUGGCGCUGUUGUGGUCAGCUUGGUAAUAUUAUUGUUUGCAAAUGUCUUGAAUGCUGUUAAUGAAAUUCUUUAGUAUUGUCAUUGAAAAGUACUUAUAGCAGACCAUGUGUGUAAAACGGUAAUUGUAAUAAUGUUACGACAUUUCUUGUAUCUGUAGUUGCUAUGAGAACUGAAAUAUAUUAAAAUCAGGGAAAAUAAAAGGAAUUAAAAAGAUGUUGACUUCAAAACCUGUAAAACACAGGGAAAUUGGCAAAACAGUAUUUUGAAGGAAAAAAAAAAAAUGUUUUAGUAAUUUUUUAUACUAUUGUUUUCUAAUGUCUUAAAAGGAAUCUCUGUUAAUCGUAAAUAAAUUUGUAUUUGAAAGCCUACCUGUUUUCAUCAUUAAUUAAAUAUAUAUAUAUAUAUAAACAUAUAGUGAAUCAACUCUUGUGUUGAUGCAGGCAUGAUUUAAUGUCAGAAAUCAUUCAUGUGGUUACAGCCAAUUAUUGAUUGUUCCAAAUAUAUUUAGUGGUUGUAUGUUACAGACUGGUAGCAUUGGCUGCUUGGCUUUGAUGGAAAUGAUGACAGUGCAACUGUGUAUUGUGCAGGAAUGAUUUUAUGAAAAAUCUUAAAUGUUAUGUGCAGGGCUGUCGAGAAACUAAGGGCUCAGGGGAAAAUAAUUUAAAACCUCAUGAUUUAAUAAAAAAUUGGUUGUCUGUAAAGUCGGUUUACGGACGAUAGAUUAACGUGACAACGUCAUAACAAAACAUUGAUGAAAUUAUUGAUCCAGAAGAAAAGGAAAUAUCAUAUUCAGCCUGAGACUGAGCCGUAAUAGGUUUUUGCAACCAAACCAUUUAGGCAUUAAAAAUAUUAUAUUCUUUAAGGAAGAUUUUUUUUUAUUUUUUCUAUCUUUUGUAUGAUAAAAUCUACCUCUGCAUACUUUUAUGAAUAAAAUUGAAUCAUUUUUAUUUAAUUAUCACUAUUUUGUAUGGAUACAAAGGAGUGAAAUGAAAAGUACAAUUUAAUUAAUAAAUUUACUUUUAUUUGCAUUCAUUAAUUCAAAUAUAUUUAUUACUUUUGAAGUGUCGGGGACGUCGUAUUUAGUUUUACAAGUACAAAAAAAAAUUCGUUUCGGCCAGGAUUCGAACCGUCAUCCUGUGGAUUGGCAGUCAGCAAUGCUCACCGCACAGCCUCGAGGCCAUGUUGGAAAUUAUUGUUUCAGAUGUUAUAAAUUAAUAAUAUUCCACGCACGAUAUUUGUUUUAAUUUAUUUUAACUAGCAUAUUCUCUGUUGGACUCGAAAUAUUUACACGCUCGUGGGCUCAUAACUAUAAUACGGUGUGUGAUUUAGUUGAUAAAAUAAUAACUCAUGACAAAUAAUUACCAAUGUCAAACUAAAGCGUGAAAAGUAUCAUACCAGCAAUAAAUAUUGAGUUACACAGCCUAAACAAUACUCAUACAAAACUGUUUAAAUAUACUGAUUUACACUAAUAAUUUAAAUAAUACGUACUUGUAAGAACGCAAUUUCCUUGUGAAUAUACUCCCGUGGCGCGGUGCACAACAAUAACCUCGAACCCCGCUAUGUUGUAUGCCCCAAGCCGUGUGUGGCGACAUGCGCAGGCGUGAUCCAACCGGCGCGACCCGCCUAUCCCUGCAGCAUGGCGGAGUGAAACCUGAGCAGUACGCCACCACGAGUUCUCUGUACCGUCCGCAACAUACCAGAGAGAUGCCACGCAUGCGUAAACAGGACACAUCCGUAGUGGGACAUCCGUAGUGGGACAUCCAUAGUGGGACAAUUUUUCGUGCGUGCAGCCAGCGUUCAUCGAUUUAUUAGACGUUGUCACGUCAAAAAAACUUAAAAUGUUACCGUGGUCAUAACUUUAAAUAUGAUCUGUGCAUUUGCAUAACUUGUUAGGUUUCCAAUUAAUUUAUUAACAUUAUAGUUUUUUUUAUAUUAGGUUUAACUAGGGAAUCAGAAAAAAAAUCUUGAUACUUAACCUUACUCAUGAUGUUCACUCCCCCGGAUUUUUUCCCUUCCCCCCUCUCUCAAAACUUCUAGACGGCCCUGGUUAUGUGUGGUCCAAAUGUUUUUUCUAAAUGUAUUUGUAGUUUUAUACAUUAAUGUAAUCUUGCAAGAUUGAUUGAUGAGCCAGGGAUAAAAUUUUGGUUGGACAGAGAAUUUGUCUGAAAUAAAUGUGUGGGAACCCUA